UGAAAUUUGGCAAAGCAGAGCCCAUAACUUUCUGUGUGAGUGCAUAAAGGUGAUCUUUUAACUGGAAUACCCUCCACUGUGUACUCUAGCAUUCUCUUCAAGAAGCAGGCCAAGGGCUCAACUUCUCAUUGAUGGAUGGCGUUCUUAGCCUCAAUCGCAAGCUCUUCAAACAUCACUGGCCACCUUUUCUCAAUAAAACGCCGUUCACUACCCACGCUCAUUUUGUAGACAAAUCUCUAUUACAACCACUCUCUUCCCUUCAAUGUGGAGCUAUUUUACAAUCACUUACCAACAUCAAAUGGCUUACUAAAGGCCAGCAACUCCACGCCUAUAUUAUUGUUUCUGGCAAUAUCCAAAAUAAUACUUAUCUAACCACCAAACUCGCAGCUUUCUAUGCAAAUUGUGGUCAUAUGACUGACGCUCAGGUGAUCUUUGAUGGGAUCGUCUUGAAAAAUUCUUUCCUGUGGAAUUUUAUGAUUAGAGGCUAUGCUUGCAACGGUCUUCCAGUUAAAGCUCUUGUUUUGUAUCAACAAAUGUCGUGUUUUGGACAGAAGGCGGAUAAGUUUACGUAUCCUUUUGUGAUUAAGGCGUGUGGUGAUUUCUUGAAUGUGGAAAUGGGUAGGAGAAUUCAUGGUGAGGCGGUCCAUUCUGGGUUUGACUCGGACAUUUAUGUGGCUAAUUCUCUUCUUGCAAUGUACUCUAAGUUUGGAGACAUGUGGACAGCAAGGAUGGUAUUUGAUAGAAUGCCUGUGAGAGAUAUAACUUCUUGGAACACCAUGAUAUCGGGUUAUGUGAAGAACGGUAAACCGAAAGAGGCUUUGACCAUUUUUUACUUAAUGAAGCAAACUGGAUCGUCUUCAGAUGGCAUGACUUUGGUUGGUCUCCUUUGUACUUGUGCCGAUCUAGCUGCAUUGAAGCAGGGAAAAGAGAUUCAUGGUUAUGUGAUCAGAAAUAGGUAUGCGCUCUGUAUGGAUUUUUUGAUGAACCCUCUUAUUGAAGUGUAUUUUAAGUGCAACUCUAUGGUCUAUGUAAGAAGAUUAUUUGAGAAAAUGGCAUGGAAAGACACAGUGUCCUGGAAUUCUAUGAUUUCAGGCUAUGCAAGAAACAACUAUGCUUUUGAAAGCUUAAGUCUUUUCUGUCGAAUGAUUCAGGAAGGAGCCAAACCUGAUCAAGUAACCUUCAUAUCUGUGCUUGUAGCAUGUGAUCAGAUCACAGCUUUGCAAUUUGGCAUGUCUGUUCACUCUUACCUUGUUAAGAAUGGGUUUGGUGCAACUACCGUUGUGGCAACAGCCCUUAUAGACAUGUAUGCUAAAUGUGGAAAUUUGGCUUGUGCACGUCGUGUUUUCUGCGAGACUCCUGAAAAGAAUUUAAUUUGUUGGAGUGUCAUGAUUUCUGGAUAUGGCAUUCAUGGAAUGGGGAGAGAAGCUGUAUCUCUUUUUCAUGAAAUGAUCAAGAACAAUAUCAUUCCAGAUGAAGGUGUUCUCACUUCAGUUUUGUCAGCAUGCAGUCAUACAGGAUUGGUUGCUGAAGGUAAAGAAAUCUUCUACACAGUAACAAAAGAUUAUGAUGUAGAGCCUGUACUUGCUCACUAUUCAUGUAUGGUGGAUCUUCUUGGCCGAGCUGGGCAUUUGGAUGAAGCAUACAAGCUUAUCCAAACCAUGGAAAUUAAUCCCUCAAGCGAUAUAUGGGCUGCAUUCCUCAAUGCUUGCCGACUACAUCGAAAUGUUGAGAUGGCGGAGAUCUCUGCUCAAAAUUUUUUUGAUAUGAAUGCAAAACAGGUAGGUGGAUACAUUUGCCUUUCCAAUAUUUAUGCAGCUGAGAAAAGAUGGGAUGAUGUGGAAAGAGUUAGAACGUUGAUGCGAGAAAAGGGAUUAACGAAACCCCCAGGCUGCAGCUUUGUUGAGUUCGAUAAGAUGGUUCAUCAGUUCUUAGUUGGAGAUAAGUCACAUCCACAAAUAGAAGAUAUAUAUGCCAAGUUAAGGCAAUUGAAUCAUCUACUCAAGGAAGUUGGAUACAAGCCGGACACGAGUUCAGUGUUAUACAAUGUUGAUGAAGAAACAAAAGAGAAUAUGCUUUGGGAUCACAGUGAAAGACUGGCAAUUGCUUUUGUUCUUAUUAAUACUGGUCCAAACACCAUUAUAAGAAUUACUAAGAACCUACGUGUAUGCAGGGAUUGUCACACUGUAAUAAAAUUGAUCUCUAAGAUCACAUGUCGAGAGAUUAUUAUGCGGGAUAUCCGUAGGUUCCACCACUUUAGAGAUGGAUUUUGUUCAUGUGGUGAUUACUGUGGCUGCAUUUAACUUGAAGAAUAAAGAUUUGAUCUUGUUUACCAAAAUAGCAAGUAGACCAGUCUGACCAGCUGAUGCAGCAUCGAUUUUUAUAUCCGUCUCUGUCCCAUGGGCUUGUUGCCAUUGCUUUGUUUGCUUCUGGAGGAACCUCGAUUGGAAAUUUUGGCCUUGACUGCUCCAAUUUGACCCAUUUCAUGGUUGUACAGAUCUGGAUGAUUAUCCUGAAUGUUAGGGGAGGUGAAUGAAAAUUAAAACAUAGAUUCUUUAUGUCUUUAUGUAAAUGCUGGUAAGCUGGUUUGCCUCGAAUUUUUUCACCAAUGUCUUGAAUAGCUUAAAAUUGUUUUCAUCCCAAAUAUACUCGGUCUUGGCUGGCCAUUCUUGCAGAUGCCAUGGCCUGACAUUUAUUGUAAGCUGCUGCAUCAUAUUUCCACAGUGCGUUCUCUCCUGCAACCUCAAUGUUCUCCCUCUGCAUUUCGUUCUCUCUCUGCAUUUGCAUGAGCAAGGUAUCCAGUAACCAUGGACAUAUGAGAAAAAUUGUAAUUAUUCAAGUGUAAGCUUCUUCCUCACUGCGUUACCUUUUAAGUGUAGUUCCAUUGAGGAUUGAGAUUCGUCAGGCAAAUUUUUAAGAGAUUAUUAUAGCUUUUACCUGCUGAACACGUUCCUGAGUUGUUACCUUCAGCAGAAUUAUCAUUCAUUCAAUACAUUAAACUCAAAAUAGCUUUGAUACUCUUAAGAUCCUAGAGGUGUC